AUGGCGGGCUCCGUCGUCGUGAUGUGGAGCCCCCUGUCCAUCCUCUUCUACAUCCUCGCCACCGUGGCUGUCGCCGCCGCCGCGGAGACGCCGACCGACGCCGCCAUCGACAAGGCGUACGCGCAACUCGUCAACGUCACCGAGGUGGCGCACGCGUACAACCGCACGGUGUAUGUGAGCGACCCGGUCGCCGUCAUGGAGCGCUUCAACGACGGCGUGCGCAGGGCGACGUCGAUGUCGACGCGGUCCCAGUCCCUAGAGUACAAGGCGCGGGGCCCUGCAUGGCGACCAACCUGA